UUGUCCGCUGCGUCUCCCUGACGGCCACUGCGGCGCUCCACCUCCACGCCCGCCUCCGCCAGCUGCCUCGCCGCGGCCUGCUCCCGCCUUGGCGCCGCCCGUUCCGCCAUCGCCCUACGCGCCCAGCGCCGCAGCAGCCAACCGCUUCUCGCACAACAUCCUCCUCGCCGCACUGCUCUAGUCCCGUGGCCUCCGGGCGGCGCGCAGGCUGUUCGAUGUAAUGCCUCACAGGGACACUGUCGCCUGCAAUACAAUCCGAUGAUCUCUGGCUACGCUGGAAGUGGACGUGCUGACGAGGAGCUCCGGCUUGCACUAAGGAUGAAGGGGCCAUGUGUCAGGCCUAGCGGCCUCACCUUCUCCAUCGCUUGGUUGGUCGUCUGCUCUGCUUCCCAUGGUUCACGCAGCUGCUGUCCAUCACGGCUCUCCCCAACAGAACUCUGUAGUCGGCAAGACCUUGUUGAUGUGCAGUGCAUGUCGUUUGGAGUGCGAAUGAGCAGGACGUCGUGUCAGUGAAUUCUGCCAUGCCAUGCCAGUGUGCAAGGAUGAUGGUCAGAGCAAUGCAGUGUUUGAGUGUUUCCGGUUGAUUAGAAGCCAUGGUUUUUGGUUGACGGAUGUAGCGUGUAAAUGGUGCUUACCAUGUGCACAGAAUCGAGGAUUUGGCUAAGGGUUACCAGCUCUUGGCCCUUUGCAUCAGAACAUGACUCCUGCCAAAUUUUGCCAUUAAUAGUGCUGUUAUUGGCAUGUUGUCCAUGUCUGACAGACUACCUGAUGCCGUUAGGCUUUUCGAGGAACUGAAAAAAUGGGACUUAGAAACAUGUAAUGUGAUGAUAUCGUGCUAUGCCAGGAGUGGUUUAGUGGAGCAAGCUCUGGGCCUCUUUGUGAUGGCUCUGCAAAAUGGUGUUCUUCCAACCGAGUUCACCUUUGCAAAUGUGCUGAGAUGGAGCUCAUGUUUUGGUCUGUUGAAGCAGGGUGGCCAAAUCCAUGCACUGGUAUAUCAACGUGAGUUUGAGGAUGAUAUAAUUGUAAGUUAGGUUCCUUAAAGCAUGCCGGGGAACUCUUCAAUGGUGUUUGUGUCAAAGAUUUGUUGAUCGUUGCUAUUAUCGCAGAAUGGGAGAUGUAGGGAAGCUCUUGAGUAUUUUGGUGAAUAUUGAUGUGUGGUGUCAAGCCAGAUAGAAUUACUAUUGGGAGCUUUAUCUACUUGUAGCUUGGUAGAUCUUGUGAGAUGUACUCCCUCCGUUCCAAAUUACUUGUCUUAGAUUUGUCUAGAUACGGAGGUAUCUAGCACUAAAAUGAGUCUAGAUACAUCCGUAUCUAGACAAAUCCAAGACAAAUAAUUCGGAACGGAGGGAGUAGGUGGGAAAGCAUGACCAGGAUGAGGAGGCCAAUGGAAGCUCUAGGCACAUAUAGGUUGAGGGAUGUAGCUGGCUCUGCAUCAAAGAUGAGAUUCAUGUGUUUAGAUAUGAAAAAAAUAUUACAUUAUGAAAGCGAAGCUAACUCGUAUGCAGUUUAGAUCUACUAGCUAAACAUGGACUGGCUGCACGCCGCGUACCUGACUUAAAUUGAAAGCCCGUGUCACCAGUUACCAAGGUCGAAGAACCCUACUAAGUAGGAGCAGUUUGCAAAAUCGAAAGGGAUUAUAAAUCGCAAGAAGAACAAGCAUGAAUGGGAUGAGCAAACUUCUUCGUGGAAAUGGACUUAUGGCUAUGAUUUUGUUAAUAACGAUAAAGACAUUCGGAUCAUUGCAGCCAAAAUGACAGAUGAGCCUGGUGUUGAUCCUUUUGCUCAAAGGACAGAAAUACGAAAAUUGGGGUUGAUUAUCAAGAAAAGAACAGACAUGGGAAUAUAAAGAACGAUGCAAAACGCCAGAAAGACCGUCUUUGGCAACGUCAGCUUGCAAUGGGUGAUGUUGCUGCUGGAUCACAUGUGUAUCCUGCUUCAGCCUAUCCGCCUGGAGCAACAGUGGCUGCACCUCCUGGCAUCACUCCUGUCCUGCCGGUUCACAGCCAACGCCACCAUAUAUUCCCUGCAAAUCCAGCUCAGCUUAGUGCUCAGAACCAGCUUAUGUACGAGCAGUCGCAGCAGUAUCAGCAGCAGCUCCAGCAACUGCACCAGAGGCGGCUCCAGCAGUUCUGGGCCCAACAACGGUCAGAGAUCGAGCAGGCCACUGGCAUCAAGAAGCACCCCGUGCAGCUCAAAAGGAUAAGGAAAAUCAUGAAGGCCGAUGAGGGCGUUCACAUGAUCUCGGCAGAAGCUCCGGUGGUGUUUUCGAAAGCAUGCGAGAUGUUGACACUGGAGAUGACGAUGAGGUCAUGGAUGGUCACCGAGGAGAACAAGCGCCAGAUCUUGAAGAAGAGUGACGUUGCCGCUGCUGUUGCUAGGACCGACGUCUACGACUUCCUGGCAGACAUAAUCCAGAUGGACGAGAUGGAGGAGGAGGGAGUCGGGCUUCACAGAGCCGGGCCGCCGCCACCCUUGGGGGCUCCGGCUGGCGCAUACCCGUAUUAUUACCCGCCGCAGCUGCAGGUGCCAGGUGCAGCAAUGGUGCACGGUGGCCAGCAGGUGCCGCAGGUCCAUCUGCCGCAUGUGUGGAUAGAUCUUCAGGAACAGCAAGAGAAGGAGCAUCAUGCGGAGGAUCAGCAAUCUGAAAGCGGCUGACAACAUGUGAGCCAUCACUAAAAUUCAGUAUCCUCAUUUUAGCCAGGACAUGCAAAGUUCCAAACUAAUGAUCGUUUGUUUGGUCUGUCGGUAUGGGAGAGAUUGACUGGUUCCUUCAUGCAAGUUUUGUUCUUGUCGCGGUGUCUUUAGCGAAGGGAUUACGCUUCGAGACCAGUUGGUUAAGAUUUACUGUACCGUGUCCGUGUCCAUUUCCGUAAUUCCGUUAUUCCAAGUUGAAAGUUGGCCUCUGGAUUCCGGUUAUGUCUUUUCGAUAUGCAAUUGUCGAGUGCCAUGCUAGCUCUGUUUC